UACCUAAGCGUAUAAUAUACCCGCAACAGACAAUGCGCAGCACUAAAACACAGAAAACAAAGGCUGAUGCAGCUUCCAAAUUGGAACAAUUUAUAAGACACUCUCCUCAGAAUGGUGCAACUUCGAGCGGCACCCACCCUGAACCCAGUAACUCUUCCCCCUCGCUGACGCCACAGCCGGAUGCUGCUAGAUGCAAUUGCAGAUUGCCGGACAUCGCUGUCUACUAAAUUAGAAGAGGUAAAAACAGACCUCUCUCUGCUGAGGGCAGACAUGCAAAACAUGAGGGAACGGGUACGGGAAAAUGAGAACAGAAUAUCCACCUUAGAGAAUACUUGCAACCCCCUACCUGCUACAUUGACCUGCCUAGACACAAAAUUCAAAACCUGUCUGGAUAAACUAGAUGACUAUGAGAACAGGCAGAGGCGCAACAAUGUUCGACUGGUGGGUCUCCCGGAGAGAGUGGAGGGAGCAGACCCGGUAGCCUUUGCCGAAUGCUGGCUCCGAGACUCCUUUCCAACGGCCUCAUUCUCACCAUUCUUUGCGGUUGAGAGAGCCCACCGAGUACCAGGCAAGAACCCCCCGUGGGGCAGCCCUCCUCGACCUUUUUUAAUCCGGCUCCUCAACUUCAGAGACCGAGAUGCGAUUCUGCAGGCAGACCGUCAGAAUCCAGAUAUCAUGAUGGGUGGCAGGAAGGUCUCUGUGUACCCGGACUUCUCGGCCGAACUGCAGCGCCAAAGGGGAACUUUUACAGCAGUCAAACGACGACUUUGCAAGGCCAAUUUCAAGUAUGGAAUGCUAUACCCGGCUAAGCUGCGGGUCCAAGCUGGGGACAGGGCCCUCUUCUUCCAGACACCAUAAGAGGCCAGUGACUGGUUGGACUCCCGGGGCACUCCAUCCCCAAGGGUCAGCCCCAACAGACAAAAUUAGGAAACACGCAAAGGUUGAGAAGGACAUUUACCGUCAUGACAGACCUGCUGCAAUGAUUACAGCAUCUUCCCUUGUCAUUAAUGGAACCUUAGCACACCGCACCCACCCACAGACUCCAGAUGCAGUGCGGUAUUCCGUUCCUGAGCUGAGAGUCUGGGGAUGGUGCAUCUGGACCACCGUUUCAACUUGUGGUGACAUGUAAACCAGUAAAAUGGCGCGUGUGCAGAACCAUCUUAAGGUGUACGGGAAUGAUGUCUGUGCAAACUAAAAUAUACCUGGGAACUCCGUGUACAGUGUAGCUUUUUUUUCCAGAAAACCAUUACAGAGGUUUGAGAGACAAGAACCGGGACAAUCAUUGGGCACUGGACUUUAUUAAUACCCUUGCUUCUCCUUUAAGGUGGAAGUGGAGGUAAGAAGUCCUGCCUAGAGGUCAGAGAACCAGCCCACCUGGAUGUCAAAAGACCAGCCCCCCUGGAUAUACAGAGCUACACAUUCUACAAAGUAAUAGGAAGAGGCAGCUUUGGCCAGGUGAUGUUAGCAUCGUUUAAACCAAACAAACAACUUGUGGCAAUUAAGAAGGUUUCCAAAAAAAUCAACGAGAGCAAUUACGAGAACAUCAGGAAAGAAGCUCGGAUCUUGAAGAUGGCCAGAAGUUGCCCCUUUGUAUGUCAUCCAUAUGCAGCCUUCCAAUCAGAGGUUGAAGCUUUCUUUGUGCUUGAGUAUGCCAGCGGGGGAUCAUUAUACAGCAUGAUUUGCAAAGAAGGAAAACUACCAGUGGAGAGAAUCAAGUUCUACACUGCAGAGAUUGUGAUUGGCCUCCAGUUUCUCCACUCAAAUGGCAUUGUUCAUCGUGAUCUGAAGCCUGAUAAUAUCUUGGUGGAUAAGGAUGGACACAUUAAAAUCUGUGAUUUCGGCAUAUCCGCUGAAGGGCUGUUCGGCAGAAAGAUGAUCUCUGGAUUGGCAGGAACCCCUGGCUACCGGGCCCCGGAGGUUUUGUUACUAAACGAGUAUAAUGCAGGGGCUGACUGGUGGUCCUUUGGCGUGAUAAUGUACGAAAUAGCCACAGGUGAACAACCAUUUAGCCCAUCCGGCUGUGCUUUGAGGGAGUAUUUCUUAAUCAAGACUCCCGAAUAUCCAAGUUACAUGAGCAAGGAAAUGCAGGACCUCCUGUCAAAGCUUCUGGAGAAGAACAAGAAGAAGCGUUUAGGAGUGAAAGGCAAAAUCAGGGAGCACCCCCUCUACGCUACAAUCAAGUGGAAUGAACUGGAAGAGAAAAGAAUGAAGCCCCCUUUUCAGCCAGAAAUGAAAUCAGCAGAUGAUUUUAAUGAGAUUUCACCAGAAGUCCCUGUUGAUACCUCCAGGAGAGAGAGGGUAGAAGAACUGUCCUACGUGGACCCCACCUGGCAUUGGCAGGAGUAAUGCAUUCUUCUGUGCUCAUGUAACACAACAUCAGUAUUGCCUGGAUAGCCAGUGACCAAGCCAACAUACCAUCUAUGGCAAACUUCAGCCCCUAACAUCAGGUCUGCCUGCAUUAUAAAUCUGCAACAAUCUACAGUGUCCAACCACCUACUGCUGCAGCCCAUUGUAUCCACCAGUAACCUCCUCAAACAACAGGAGGCACAGUGACAGGUAUGUUCCCCACCUCAACAAGGCCCUCCAUCCUCCAAUUUUAUAUUCAGCUUCACCCAUCCGAUUAUAGGGUGCCAGGUAGGUAUAAUCUGGGUUUUUUUUAAAUGUGUUAUGGAUUUUAUAUGUUUUUGAAUGUUUAUGAAAGUUUAUAAAGUUUUUCUCAAUUCAUGUAAUAGAAGCUAUAUAUAAGUUAAUAUAGAAAAAAAAAAAAAACACAAAAAAAUUAGAUUAUAUAGAAUAUAUUAUAGAUUAUGUUACAAAAUAUAUGUAUAGAUGUAUAGAGUCAUAUAAGAGUUUAUAUAAUGUAUACAUUUAGGGUAUGAGUGGGAUAUAUAAGUAUAAUUAUACAGUACAAUAUAGAGUCUUAUGUGUUUGGGAUGAGGGUGGGAUAUAUGGGAGAAAUUUUGUUUAAUUUAUCCAUAACUAGGGGUAUAGGUAAUACAUUUUGGGUAGAUUAUGUUUAAAAUAAAAUUAUAGAUAAAUAGACUGAUUGGUUGGUUGGUUGAUUGAUUGAUAUGUAUGUAUACAAGUUUAAAAAUGUGGUAUAUAUAGGAAAUGGGUAAAGCAGUGGGAUAUUAAAUAAUUUAAUUGCACAUUUAAUAUGUGGUAUAGGGGAUGUGGUGAAAGUAAUGUGGAAUAUGGCAAAUGGGAUAUAAGAUAAUAUGUGAAAAUAUAAAAACUAAAGGGAAAGGGAUAUGUAAUAAAAUAUGAUGGAUCUGUUAUAUGGGAUUUGGGGUAUAAGGGAUGUGAGAUAUGGGAUAUGGUAUGAGGGAUAUAGGACUAGUGGAAUGGUGUAAUAAAUAAGGCAGUAAGGGAUGUGGAAACAGGGACAUAGGGAUCAAUAAUGUGGCACAAAAGAUUAAUGAGUAGAGAUGUGGGCUUUGGGAUAAAAUAAUAGAUAUGGAAACUGAAGAUGGGUUAAUGGGUAUUAAGUUAAAAUUAUGGAAUAUGGGUACUUAAAAGGACAUAGAAUUAGAAAUGUGGGUUAAGAAAUGUGCCAUAUCCUAGGAGAGUAUUGCAGCAAAUCAUAAUAGUAAAAUAUGAAGGUAAAAGAUUAUUUGCAGUUUACUUACUGUAUGAUUCUCUGCAAUAAAUAUGAAUGGAAAUGUGUGUGAAUGUAAAUAGGGGACCCCUAGUGCAACAAUUUACAAGAUGAGCACAGUUCACCUUGUAGUUGGCUGCACAAUAAUUUGAAAUCACUUUUAAAAUGUAAAAUAACCUAUAUGAGGAGGUUGCUUUCCUUUUUGUUAGUUAGACCCAAUAGUAAGUUAUAAUGCAGCAUAUAUAGGCCCAUUUUUAACAAUAAGCCCAUUAGUUCCAUGAAUGUGUUGGUGAAUGGUUAAGGGAAGUUUAUGGUUUAGGAAUAAAGUAAUAUUAACAGACUAGGAAAGCUGUAUGGCCCAAAAUGCUGCUCAGUCUCACCCUCCUCCUUUCACACCCAACCCAGAGUCCAAUAGUUAAUGACAAAGUAGAAUCAUAAUAAUCUCUUAUCCAGUCCUUUUAGAUAAUAAAAGGAUACUGGAUUAGAUUUAGUACAAUGUUGAUCCAGGGAUUCGUCCGAUUGCCGUUAAGGAGUCAGGAAGGAAUUUUCCCCCCAUCUAAAGCAAAUUGCUACAGAUGGGGUUUUUUGCCUUCCUCUGGAUCAUCUAGAAGUUAGGUAAAUUUAAUAUGAUGGACACGCUCACCCUUAAUUAAUAUAUAACAGUGUCCUUAAUCCAGUCAUAGAAUCCAAACCUGUUAAUGUAAUUUUACCUAGAAAAUAGUUUAUAUCCAAAGCGGAGAGGAUUCAAUUCCCAGCUACCUGUUAGCUAUAGAAAUAUAGAUAAUAGUGUGUGAAUGAAUGUGAGUGUAUGGAUUUAAAAGAUUGUGUGUGUGUUUAUUAGUACAAAAAUCCCAAUGGGGAACGUUAGUUCCCUACUCCUCUCCCAUGGCGGCUUAUAUCAGCCAGUAUCUGGCCAGAUAGGGAACUAUUGCAGCAAGUCAUGGGGUGAGCCAUUUGCUGCAAUAGGUGUGUGAAUGGA